GCACUGGCGACGGGAGACGACGUCUUAAACAACAAGCCCCAGCAUUGGCUGAGGGGCUCUCACUCGGAGCCAAUGAGCGCUAGAUCGCUCCCCCAACAUGGCGGUGCCGUGGCUGCGGCUUAUCACAUUUCGUCAUGUUGGGCUUUAUUUCUGCCCGCCAAGCAGGCUUGGAAGACCCGCUGAGGCUUCGCCGGGCUGAGUCUACCAGGAGGGUGCUGAGCCUGGAGUUAAACAAGGAUAAAGAUAUAGAAAGAAUCCAUGGAAGUGGUAUUAACACCUUGGAUAUUGAACCUGUGGAAAGUCGAUACAUGCUUUCUGGUGGCACUGAUGGUGUUAUUGUAUUGUAUGAUCUUGAAAACCUUAGCCAAAAACCAUGCUAUACCUGCAAAGCUGUUUGUUCUGUGGGAAGAAGUCAUCCUAAUGUUCAUAAAUUCAGUGUAGAAACAGUUCAGUGGUACCCUCAUGAUACUGGCAUGUUUACGUCAAGUUCAUUUGAUAAAACCCUGAAAAUAUGGGACACAAACACAUUACAACCAGCAGAUGUGUUUCAUUUUGCGGAAACAGUGUACAGUCAUCAUAUGUCUCCAGUUGCUACCAAGCAUUGCUUAAUUGCAGUUGGUACCAAAAGCCCCAAAGUACAGCUUUGUGACUUGAAGUCUGGAUCGUGUUCUCACAUUCUGCAGGGUCACAAACAAGAAAUUCUAGCAGUAUCUUGGUCACCACGUUAUGAAUAUAUUUUAGCAACUGCAAGUGCUGACAGCAGAGUGAAAUUGUGGGAUGUAAGGAGAGCAUCUGCUUGUCUGAUUACUCUUGAUCAACAUAAUGGUGAAAAGUCAAAAGCAUCUUCUGAAGCAGAAAAUACUGCCCAUAAUGGAAGAGUUAAUGGCUUGUGCUUCACAAAUGAUGGACUUCACCUUCUGACAUUUGGUACAGAUGACCGCAUGAGACUCUGGAACAGUUCCAGUGGAGAGAACACAUUAGUGAAUUACGGGAAGGUGUGCAAUGAAAGUAGAAAAGGACUCAAAUUUACAGUCUCGCAUGGCUGCAGCCCGGAAUUUGCAUUUGUGCCAUACGGUAGCACUAUUGCUAUUUAUACAAUUUACUCAGGAAAUCGAAUGGCUAUGCUUGGGGGACAUUAUAGUUCCGUCGACUGCUGUGUCUUUCAUCCUAAUUUUCAGGAACUUUAUAGUGGUGGGAGAGACGGCAAUAUCCUUGCCUGGGUACCAUCUCUGAGAGAGCCAGAGCCUGAUGAUACUUCUGAAGAGUUGCGGCCUCAGCAGCGCCUGAAUCCUGCUUAUGAAGAUGCAUGGAGUAGCAGCGAUGAGGAUGGAUGAAUUCUUAAUAGGUUGUUGACAUGAAACAUUCAGCCAUGCACAAGUAUUUUCUGAAGAAAGGAUAUUAAACCACGGGUCCAGACAACAGCCUUUUGUUUCAACUGUGCAGUGUUUCUUGUUUUAAAAUAACACCAGAUUUUUAUGUUCUGUUUGCCACUUCAUAAAAACAGGCCUGCUGGAUAAUGCAAUUCCAUGAGUUCCUGUGGCCUGAGGCAGUAAUGCUUCUGAAUACCAGUUGCUAGAAACUGCAGGAGGGGAGAGUAUUGCAGGUUUCCCACAGGCACCUAGUGGGCCACUGUGAGAACAGGAUGUUGGACCAGAGGGGCCACUGGCCUGAUCCAGCAGGCUCUUGUGUUCUUAUCUGUGUUGCUGGACUCCAGUUCCCUUGGGCUAUUCUGGCUGGGGCUGAUGGGAGUUUUAGUCCAUCAACAUCUCAAGGGUCACAGGUUCCCCACCUGAACCUAAAGUAUUUUUGAGGAUGUCCCGAGGCAAAACUCUUCAGUUCUUAAGGAACAGUGCUUCAGAAUUGUAGGCGACCAGCUGGCAAGCGUUAACUAAUCAUUUUGCCCCCAAGGCCUUACACUUUCUUGAAGGCCUGGCAUCUGACAUAGUUCAGAUUCUAAAACAAUCAAAGCUCAAAAAUACUACUAACCGUCGAAAAAUGAGCUUCUCAAGCUUAUCAAGAGUGCCGUGAGAUUAAGGGCUUCUAUCUGAGCAAUAAUCUUGAUCUUUUGAUUGUCCUUUUUACCCAUUGUUGUCUUUUUAAUUGUAUAUAUUGCUUGUUUAUGUUGCUAUGGCUGUUGGCUAAUGCAAAUAAAGUUUAUCUAUCUA